CCUAAUUUUCCGAUCGAAUCUUGUUAGAGUUGUUGAUCGAAUUGCGAAGUAAUUGUGCUCCACUUAGGGUUGUCAAACUUUCCAGAGAAUAAUGCGUAUUUGUCGUCCUGAAGAUGUUCGUUUGAAACUCCCUGUUGUUCGUGUAAAGUGAUGUCACAAAGUGCGAUGCAAAUAUUUUACUGUGGAAAAAUUCUACCAUCCCGUGGACAGAAGCACGUGAACACUUUUAUAUUUUCAAUUCACGAGCUCGACGGAAGCCUUUUUUGUCUUGUAUAAUCAUAUUCGUGGUCACGUCUUGGAAUCACAGAUUUUUGACUUGAGCCCUUUCUGCCAAACUUCGAAGAAAUAUACAUUACGCUCUGGAAACUCCUACAAUCUUAUUCGUUCGUUUUCCAACUGUGUUUUACGUAAAAACGAGGAGGAGCUACUUCGUAACGUUAUAUCGUACCUCGGAGGUAUUCGAUGAAAGGAUAGCAAAGACAGUGGUGGCCCUCCUCUCAUUAUCUAUUGAAACAGAAGAGUAGUGACAGUCCCCCCGAGAACAACGCAAAACCGUGGAUGCAGCCGGGUAUUGGACGUGGAGGUGGCGCGGCCCACGCAGGUGGGACAGGUGACGACGAGGCUCCUAAAGAUCCCGGUGCACGGAUCACUCAUCAGUCUUACACCGAGAAAGACUACGAAGGUCACAGAGCGCACACCGUGUACGUGGGCGUGCAUCUGCCCGGCGAAAGGAGACACCGUCGUCACCACAAGCACCAUCAUUCCCAGCGUCAGUCGUUCGCCACCGACAAGGAGAACAAUGUCGACCACGACAGGCCCAUCACACCGCCGGCCCAGAGGGUGCAGUUCAUCCUGGGGGAGGAAGUCGGGGACGAUGCGCACGAGUCCCAUCCACUAUUCUCCGAAAUGGAGGAGCUCGUCAAGGAUGGCGACGAGAUGGAGUGGAAGGAAACAGCGAGAUGGAUCAAGUUCGAGGAAGACGUCGAGGAGGGAGGGAACAGAUGGAGCAAACCUCACGUAGCGACCCUCUCCCUGCACUCUCUGUUCGAGCUGAGGAGCCUGCUGCUAAACGGCACCGUGAUGCUGGACAUGGAGGCGGCGAGUCUGGAGCAAAUCACCGAUUUGGUCCUCGAUAACAUGAUUAAUAAGGGCUCGUUGCCGACGGAGUCGCGGGAAAAGGUCAGGGAAGCUCUUCUGGUGAGACAUCGGCAUCAGCACGAGAGACGCAAGGACAACAACAUGUCCAGGUUACCGAUCAUAAGAUCGUUGGCCGAAAUUGGACGCAAUCAUUCCUCCUCCAAGAGUUACGGCUGUACAUGUGGUUUGCAUGAGUUGUUGACGUCAGAUUUACAGGAGCGUCGCGACGCCGGGGACGCAUACGCGCCCUCGGUGGGUCGCAGCAGCAGCUGCCCGAACUCGAAUACGGCUCUGCUGUCGAAAGAAGCGAAAGAUCUGAAAGGACCGUACCUUCUGGUUCCAGUGGAGGAAUCGAAUUCCGCCCCGGCGUUCGGCGGCGCAACGGGCCACGGCAGCGGAGCAACGCUGAACCCCGGUAGCCGCUUCCUAGCCAUACCUGGCCAAGAGCCGGCCACCAACGGGAUGGAUCGCAGCCCGAGCAGCGUGUCAAUUAGCAGAAAUCACAGCUCGUCCGCUUUAGAGAACGGGGACGCCAAUCACAGGGGUAACACGCACUUCAUGCGGAAAAUACCGGCCGGAGCCGAGGCGAGCAACAUCCUCGUAGGGGAGGUAGAUUUUUUAGACAAGACCCUGUCGGCGUUCAUUCGACUCAGCCAGGCGGGAAUUAUGGGCGACCUGACGGAAGUUCCUGUGCCAACGAGAUUCAUAUUUGUCCUGCUGGGACCCACGGGUGGAAUCUCCGGUUUCCACGAGAUUGGCCGUGCCAUGGCCACCCUGAUGUCCGACGAGGUGUUCCACGACGUGGCUUACAAGGCUAAGAACAGAAACCACCUCCUAGCUGGGAUCGACGAGUUCCUGGACGCGGUCACUGUCCUGCCACCCGGAGAGUGGGAUCCUGCGAUCAGAAUAGAACCGCCUGCCGCGAUUCCCUCGCAGGAAGUGAGGAAACGACCCAAGGAAGAAAAGCCGAAAGAGGACUUCGACGAGGAGGCGGACGAGCAGAAGCUGAGGGAGGAAUCGGGGCUAUCGAGAACAGGAAAACUGUUUGGCGGUCUGGUCAAUGACGUGAAGAGGAAAGCGCCAUUCUACUUGUCCGAUUUCAAGGACGCUCUCGCUCUCCAAUGCAUCGCCUCGUUCAUUUUCCUCUACUUCGCCUGUCUAUCGCCCAUAAUCACGUUCGGUGGUCUGCUGGGCGAAGCCACUGGGAAGAACAUGGCCGCUAUGGAGUCUCUGGUUUCCGGUUUCGUUUGCGGCGUCGGCUACGGUCUGUUCUCUGGGCAACCUCUGACCAUUCUCGGGUCCACCGGGCCGGUGUUGGUGUUCGAGACGAUCGUCUACGAAUUUUGCAAGAAAUCCGAGUGGAACUACAUGUCUUUCCGCUUCUGGAUCGGCUCGUGGAUGGCCUUGAUACUGGUAAUCCUGGUCGCGAUCGAUGCCAGCGCCCUGGUGUGCUACAUCACUCGGUUCACGGAGGAAAACUUUGCCACCCUCAUCGCUUUUAUCUUCAUUUACAAGGCUAUCGAGAACGUAUUGUCGAUCGGCAAGAAGUACCCUAUGAACACUCACGCCAACGAUCAAUUCGACUACAACUGCUGGUGCAAGCCACCCAACGGCAGUCUACCCUCUAGCUACGAUCACAUCAAUUGGACGGCCCUGGAUCAGAAAGCAUGCCAGAGCUACAACGGCACGCUGAUGGGCGACGGCUGCAACCAGCCGCACUACAUACCCGAUGUGUUCCUCAUGUCAAUUAUAUUAUUCAUGGGCACCUUCUUGUUAUCCGUCGAGCUCAAAGACUUCAAGAACGCUCUCUUCUUCCCGUCGAAGGUUAGACAAGUUGUGAGCGACUUCGCGGUGAUCAUAGCCAUCUUCUCGAUGAGCGCUUUGGAUCACUUCGUCAACAUCCCGACGCCCAAGCUGGAAGUUCCAGUGGAAUUCAAGCCGACGUUGCACGAUCGAGGCUGGGUCAUCUGGCCUUUCCAAAACAAUCCCUGGUGGAGCGCCAUUGUCGCGAGUCUGCCGGCUCUCUUGGGUACCAUCCUAAUCUUCAUGGAUCAGCAGAUCACGGCUGUGAUAGUCAACAGGAAGGAGAACAAGCUGAAGAAAGGAUGCGGGUAUCACUUGGAUCUGUUCGUCCUCGCGAUCCUGAUAGAAAUUUGCACCGUGAUGGGCCUGCCCUGGUUCGUCGCAGCCACCGUGCUCUCGAUCAAUCACGUCAACUCUUUGAAGCUUGAAUCCGAAUGCGCCGCGCCAGGCGAGAAGCCACAGUUCCUGGGCGUUCGCGAGCAACGAGUCACUCACAUACUGAUCUUCCUGAUGAUCGGCUGUUCGGUCCUUCUCACGCCCAUGCUGAAGCACAUACCCAUGCCAGUGCUGUUUGGCGUCUUCCUCUACAUGGGAGUAGCUUCAUUGAAGGGGCUCCAGUUCUUCGACAGGAUUCUUAUCAUGCUGAUGCCUGUCAAGUAUCAACCUGACUACAUGUUCCUGCGACAGGUACCUCUGAAGCGUGUGCACCUGUUCACGGCGAUGCAGUUAGCUUGUCUGUCGUGCCUGUGGCUCAUCAAAUCCUUCAGCUCUACUUCCAUUCUAUUCCCCUUGAUGCUCGUGGUUAUGAUCGGGAUACGCAAGUCCCUGGACCUGGUGUUCACCCAACGCGAGCUCAAGAUCCUGGACGACGUGAUGCCGGAGCCGAGCAAAAAGCACGCCGACGAUCUCCGCCAGCUGGAGAGUGGCGAGGAACAUGACGAGUCCACGGUGUAUCCGCCCUCGAGCAACUUACAGAUCUCGUUGGCGAACGGGAACAUCAUGAAGAUCCCUAUGACAAGCAUCAACAUCAGCGAGGAGGUGAACAAGACGGGGAUCUGGCAACAGGUGAACGAGUGCAACGAGAAACCCAAGCAGCCCAAGAUGAUCAACGCCGGUAAACAAAAGAAACACUCGAAGAAGGAUAGCUCGUUGAUAGCCGACGAGACUACGAGGCUGACAACGAUGACCGAAGAGGACGAGGAUGACAGUGGGAUCUCUAUCAAGGUAGACUUGAUACGAUCGAAGGAGAGCCUCGGUCCCAUGGCAGCGAAUGGCACCACGUCGGCCGAAACUUCCGUCUAACAACGGUCCAUCGGGAACGAACCGAUCAUCCGCCGACUGAACGAUCGAUGAAAUUUCGAUUUCUGUUUCUCUCGUAGCCUUGAUUCGCGCUAGAUUUUUUGGUAAAAAAAAAGUUCCGUUACAAGAACAAUGAGGUGCUUUUCGAGUGCAAUUGUCGAGUGCCACGAACGGGUUACUUUUAAAAAGGAAACGCACACCGUCGAAAUUGACAGUAGAAUAUCCUAAAAUUUAAGAUUCGACUCGUGAACGCGACAUCACCGCUGGAUCUUGAACCUACGCUCGCGUCAGUGUGCAAUAACGUGUUAUUUAUAAUUUAGCGAUUCAGUUAGCCAAACGUAGUCCAUACCCGUAGCAGAUAUGCCAAAGAAACCCCUGUAACGACACGUCGAUGUUUCCUUCGAGGGAUGUCUCGCAUAUAGGGUGAUCCUUUUGUCGAGGAGGAAGAGGAUAUCGAUAUUAGCUUGUCGCUGGACCAGGAUUGCUGGACUGUUGCAACCAAUGACUAAAACAAAAAAAUAGGAGAAAAGUCAGAAAAAAGGCCAACACCGAGUUUAAAUGUGUCAAGUUCUUUGUGCCAACCUUGUAUUUUUCGUACUCGCAUCAAACGCGAAGGAACGGUUCCGAUCCGAUUUUAGGACUCGAAAAGGUCAGGAAAAAGCAAGUAAAUGAAUUCACUGGCGCCAACCAAAUUGCAAAAAGACAAAAUUCUGGAAUUUGCCAUCAAAGAAAUCCAUUUGGCAAUCCUGCGUCAGGCGAGAUUCAUUUUUGGCGAGCAAUCGCGCAUACGGAAGCUCUCGAAGCUUGCGAGACAAGUCGAACGCCGGCCAGCUGCGACAAUAUCUACAUAUUAUAAAUGUACAGCGAUUUUUUUACGCCCGCAAAUGGUAAAACAAAUAAUAUCCCCUCACGUGAAUAAUAAAAAAAAAAAAAUAAAAAAAAAUAAAGAAUAAGGAAGGAAUAUAGGGGGAGAAUCGAUAUGUGCCACGAGAACAACAAUUUUUUUCACGUUUUUUAUCGAAAUCCUAGCUACGACUGCAUUUUCGCGUGUAACGCCGUCCCUUGAAGGAUGUCCUUUCCGUUCGCGACAGCGAACCCAUGAGAUUUUUAUCGUACUAAGGUCUUUCAGAUAGCGAGCGCAACAUUCUCGAGAAUUUAGGCGAGUUAGCGGCGCAGAUCGGCAAAAUUCUUAUUUAAAUAAAAUAGCAAAGUAUACGCGAUAAGGUUCAAGGGUCAAUUGAUACGUUGAUACUUGCGUGAAUGGCGUAGCUUAGGUCAUUUUAAGGUAUCUCCAAUCAGAGCCAAAGCAACCGAAGGCACAUGUGCCAACGUUCGCCAAGGUUCGAGCACAUGCGCGCUUGAGGUGUUCGAUGUAGAAGUCGAAUGCUUAAUAAACUAUCGAGAACUAAGAAUCGAGUAAUCAUUGUCUGGUAGUAUCGUUUGGAAGUGAACAUUAUGGCCUAACCAUCCCCAGAAAGAGAAAUAAGCAGCUCUUUGGUAUCUAAAAUAUUUCUAAUCACUUUCGUAAUCGCAAGGACCUUAAAAUACCCGAGCUACACGAUGCGUUCCAACGUCAUUCUAUCUCACCACUAUUUGAAUAAAAUUAUGCCCGUCUCUGCCCUGCGGAUCGUUGCACGAACAAACUGUUAUUCCCUUGUCUCCAUCGAUGUCGAUCAAUCGUGGACGGUCGACCCGAUAACUAUGGGACAGAAAAUUUGAUACGAUAUUUUUCAGACGACCCAUUACCAAGUUACCACGUUGAGAUAAACCUCAGAGGCUUUCCAAGUCCGCCCGAAAGUCCCCGGGACAAGUUCGUUGGCGAACCAACGUACUGUUGGAUAUUUAAGAAAGUGUUACGUAGUAACGUAGAACAAUGAGAUUACAGGGCGAGAGGCGUUAGCGAGCCUCGUCCUGCGUAAUGUUUUAUGGAAUACUCCUGUGUCGAUGUACGUAUGCGUAUAACGAGGUAUGGAGCGAGGCGAUCGCUUGUAUGUUAAUGUUUACGUGUGUUUGUAUAUACUUAGAGCAGAAAGUACCAUUCACAAUUCUAUACAGACUCGCAUCUCGGACAGCUGGGGAGAAUGCUCCUGGAUACGGUUCAGAACUUUUGAUAAAUGUCGUUUCGACUAAAGUUUAUCGUUUACGAUAAUUAUAAUUUAUAAAACGUUGAGUAAAACGAUCUAAAUUUGAAUAGAUAGCGAUAUAGUCUAUGUUAUGUAUGCAAACAAAACGAUAAAAUCAAUGUAAUUCAGGAGCAUUCUUUGCGGCUCGUUGCAGUCGGAGUUUUGGACACAAUUUUAUUCGAUUCAACAAUGAAAUAAGUAAGUUUCGAUUUGUUAUGUGUUCGAUAAAAAUUCCCGAUCAAAUCAUGUUUCAAGCUGAACGAAUAAAAACUUCGAACAAGCAUUGCGAGUAAAUCGUAACACAGAGCUUUUAUUCGUAGUCUGUUAUUACGAAUAAAAUUCUGUCCAACUCUGUGUUCCAGCGCGUGCGAGCGACUCCGAUCGUUUGAUAAGACGUUGCUUGUAUCACCGCGUAGUUGAAAAGCGUUAAGCUUCAUCUUACAUUCCAUCUACGACACUUACACGUGUCGUACUCUAACGGGCUACAAUCGCCGCUAUAGUAUUAAUUGGUUGUGAUUAGCUAGAGAAAACGAUCGUUUCGAGGACGACGUGUGCUUUUCUAGGAGGGGUGAACUCACCCGUACCCACCUUCGACCGCGCGAAUUUUUCUAAAGCGCGCAACAAUCAGGGAUGGUCAAAAUUCUCAUCCGAAUAAUCAUUUAAUAAUCUGGAUUAAAAAGGAAAUUACACUUCGUAGUGAACGAAUAAAGUCGAAAUCUUGUUCAUCCCAUUAUCCGGAUAAAGUGUUGCCCAUCUCUGAGGUAAAGUCGAACGCAAUCCUGUUUCGAGAACAAUACUACGUAUGAACGUCGAGGGGUAUUCCGGUGCAGGAUAUAUUUUCAAUUUGCAUAUUUUGUAAACACCGUUCGAAGGAAACAUUUCUGUCAUUUUUUACAAAAAGCAAAUCAAAACAAAAAAAAAAAAGAAGAAGAAGAAGAAGAUGGAAAAUUACACAGUGUAACGAGUACUGCUUAGCGGGCCUAGACUCACGCCCGAUAUAGUUGAAACGGGAUACCGUCGAAGAUAACUCGAAGGUGGAACUGUAUUAGUCGACAGACGGUAAAACGUAGGCAAUCGAUUUUAGUAUUGUUAAGUAUUGGCAUAGUAUUGAAUUGUUUCGUUACGAGUGAGGAGCUCAAUCCGUACGUAAAUUCAAGUCCUCCAUUCGUCUUAAUUUUUAUUACGAAUAAAGCUGUGUGUAACAAAACAAC